CGCGUCCCGUGGCCCGUCGCCUGGGCCGCCUGGGCCGCUGCGGCCGGGCGCGCUGUCCCCGAGGCGGCCGGCGCCUCUCGGGCCUGCGGCCGCGCUCCCCUCUGCCUGAACGCAUCCAGCCUCCAGCAAGGCUGCUGCGAGAGGGAGAGGGGAGCGGCCAGCUUCAGCGCGUGGGGCCUUUCCUCGGAAAGCCUCCUAGAUCCUUUUCCAAUUGAUCCUAUCCAGGAAAAUUAUGUCCGUAAUGUGAGAAACUGCAUUUUUUCGGUUGCCUAUCCUACACCUUUUAAAUCUAGAGUUCUUCUUGUAGCUGUUUCAAAGGAAGUUCUUGAAGAUAUUUUGGAUCUUGAUAUAUCUGUCAAAGAAAAAGUUGAUUUUCUUCAGUUCGUCAGUGGUGAGAAAGUGACACCUGGGUCUGUUCCUUUAGCCCACAGAUAUGGAGGUCAUCAGUUUGGUAUCUGGGCAGGUCAGCUGGGUGAUGGAAGAGCCCACUUGAUUGGAGUAUAUACAAACAGGCAUGGUGAGAGGUGGGAACUGCAGUUAAAGGGUUCAGGAAAGACCCCAUACUCCAGGAAUGGUGAUGGAAGGGCAGUGCUUCGCUCUUCUGUGCGAGAAUUUUUAUGCAGUGAAGCUAUGCACUAUCUUGGAAUUCCUACAAGCAGAGCUGCUAGCUUAGUUGUAAGUGAUGAUGAUGUGUGGAGAGACCAGUUUUACAAUGGAAAUAUUAAGAAAGAAAGAGGUGCAAUAGUGCUACGUCUUGCCAAAUCGUGGUUUCGUAUAGGAUCCUUAGAAAUCUUAGCUCGUUCUGGGGAACUGGACUUACAAAGAAGAUUGCUCGACUUUGUCAUCCAGGAACAUUUUCCAUCAAUAGCCGUGAAUGAUUCAAAUAGAUAUCUGGAAUUUUACUCAACAGUUGUAUUACAGACUGCAAAUCUGAUUGCACUGUGGAUGUCUGUGGGUUUUGCACAUGGUGUAUGCAAUACAGAUAACUUCAGUUUAUUAUCCAUAACAAUAGAUUAUGGUCCUUUUGGUUUUAUGGACUCCUAUGAUCCAAAUUUUGUUCCAAACACAUCUGAUGAUGAAAGGAGGUAUAAAAUAGGAAACCAGGCAAAUGUUGGGCUGUUUAAUCUGAACAAGCUGUUACAAGCUCUAAAACCUUUAUUGGAUCCCAGGCAAAAGCAGCUAGCUUCGCAAAUUCUGGAGGAAUAUGGUAAACACUACUACAUCCGUUUUACAGAACUAUUCAAAACAAAACUGGGUCUUCUUGGGGAGAAUGAGGAUGAUAACUAUUUGAUUGCUUUCCUCCUAAAACUCAUGGAAGAUACGAAGGCUGAUUUUACAAUGACGUUUCGACAGCUCAGUGAAAUUACUGAAGACCAGUUAAAGGAGCUCCAUAUUCCUGAGGAGUUCUGGGCUCUGCAGGAUCUGGCUAAACACAAGUUAUUUUCAGAAUGGGUUACUAGGUACCUCUUAAGGUUAAAUCGUAACAAAGGUGAUUCUGACACAAAGAGAAGAAGAAGAAUGGCAACUGUUAAUCCUAGAUAUGUGCUUAGAAAUUGGAUAGCAGAAUCAGCAAUACGAAAAGCUAAUUUGAAUGAUUUUUCAGAGGUUCACCUUCUACAGCAGGUUUUACAACAUCCCUUUCAGAGACAGCAGGCCGCAGAGAAAGCGGGCUAUUCGCAACGUCCACCAGCUUGGGCCAAGGAUCUUAAAGUAAGCUGUUCAUCCUGAGACAAAGCCGAACGAGCAAGAAGGAUCAAGGUCAGAGCUCAGGCCUUCAAAUGGAAUUAAGGAGUCAAGCAACAGGAAGUUUUCUCCUUUAUACUUUGUCGACUGGAAUCUGCUACUCUCUAGAUGAGGUCUUGACCAACUUUAUAAAAAUAAGGAAAUGGACUCCUGUGUAUGGUUGCAUCAACAGUUUAUGUUGGCAUUUAUAAUUCUUCAGCUGUGCAUUAAUUUGAGUCCCAAUACUACAGUGCUGCCAAACUAUUACAAUUAACUUCUCAAAAUUCAUGUCUUAAAGUUGGAUCUCCGUAAGUUUCAAUGGCCGAUCAAUUAUUUAAAAAUCAUCUAUGCAAGUUUUUAAUUAUACAGUAUUUUGAUGAAUGUUCUCACUUGCUGUGACACACUCUCCAAAUAUAAUUGUAUUCUGAAAAUAUAGAUGUUCCAAAAUCUUUUGCAGAGUUGGAACGGCAUAAUCUUACAUUUACACCCUUCUAGAUUUUCUCUUUUUGCCCUUAUUGUGUCCCAUUAAACUACCUAAAAAGACUUAAAGGACAUUGGAUUAAAUAGUGAGUGGGUUUGUCUAUCUUAGGAAUGACUUGCCCAAGAAUAAAUUGUGGUCCUCUC